AUGCUUUGCCAAUCUCUCCUCGUUGCCGCCCUGGGCCUUCUCGCCCAAGCAGGGCCUAUUUCCAGACGUGAUGCGGCAACAGUCCUGACAGACCUCCAGACGAUCUACACCGACGUGUCGACCCUCAAGACCGACCUGAGCAACUGGACCGGCGACCUGCUCGCUGCUCUAGGCAUCGUAAGUGACUACAACACCGUCAAAAGCGCCCUGGACACCGCCAUCACCGACACCACGGCAGCCUCGACAUUCAGCACCUCCGAGAGCUCGAGCAUCACCUCCGAGGUGUCCACGCUCUCCGUGCUAAUUGUUGCGACCCUGAACGAGAUUAUCGCCAAGCAAUCCACCGCCGCGUCCGCCGGCGUCAGCUCCACUCUUCUCUCGUAUGUCGAGACCCUGAAGACCGAGACGGAUGAGCUGGGUGCGGACCUGGAGGCCAAGGCGACCUCGACUGAUCAGACGACGAUUGCUUCCGCCAUUGCGUCGGUUGAUGCUGCUUUCGCUAGUGCGAUUGCUGCGUACGAGUAGAGGUCGCGCGAAGUCGAUCGGCUGGUUCUGAAGGUGGGACUAGUCAAUGGCCCGCACCGCAUAGCAAUUAGUAUAGUGUGCGAGAGGAAUCUAGCAGAAUGAAUCAAAAGGAG